AUGGCACUACCUCCUUGCAUGCAUAGAUUGGGUAUAUCACAACCUGAUAGCAUGCCAGAGGUGAGCCUGAAAUGGCAGAUGUUGGCGGAAAAUGAUCAGCUAUGGAAGCUGAAAUGUAAAGAAAGUAAAAUCGUAGACAUUCCAGUCCAAACAACACUAACGCAUUCAGCAAGUGCUCAGGCUCUCUGGAAAAGAAUAUUUCAAACCAAUCUAACUUUACGAAAAAAUUGGGAACGAGGUCGUUGCAGAGUACUAGAAGUAUCCGGACAUUCCAAUCGAAUAUGGAAUUCUUCGACUGGAAUGCUGCUCCAGACACUUAAAGGACAUACGCGUGGUAUCUGGGCAAUAAGGUUUUAUGGCCGAAAUUCACUAGUGAGUUCAUCAUAUGAUGGCUCUAUCAAGAUCUGGAACAUAAAAUCUGGUGCUUGCUUAAAAACUUUAUAUAGUCAUAAUGGGCCAGUUUGGGCGAUUGAAAGAAAAGGUGACCUGCUGCUUAGUGGUUCUCAGGAUAAAACUGCAAAGUUAUGGGAUAUCAGAAGACACAGGCUGCUUUUAACAUUAUCUGGUCAUACUGCUGCAGUUUUUGCUGUCGAUAUUGAUGAUAGCAUUUCGAUUGCUCUUACAGGAUCGGCAGACAGGAGUAUUCGUCUAUGGAAUAUUAUUAACGGAGACUGUCACCGAAUUAUUUGGGCUGGUCAUGCCUCAUCCGUCAUGGCCGUUAAUAUCAAUAUGGGAUUCAUAGCAUCUUCUUCUGAUACCAUUAUAACGCUAUGGAAUGCCAAAACUGGCGAUAAGGUUCGUCAAUACCUUGGCCAUAGCAGAAGAAUUGAAUGUCUGCAGCUGAGAAUGACUGAUCCAGAUAAUGUGAUUGGCUACAUUGUUAGUGCUGGAAGAGAUGGCUUCGUCAAGUAUUGGGACAUAAAAGAGGGCACAUGUAUUCAGACCUUACGAGGCCACAUGGACGUGGUUAAUUCUAUCCAUUUUGAUGAGCUUAGAAUUGCUAGCGCGUCAUAUGACCACGAAAUCAAAAUUUGGGACUUUAACGUUGAUACAGAUUCGGUAAAUGUUACACCAAAGAGAUAG